AGCGCGCUGCCCAGCUCCCGCCAACCUUCCGAACUCUACGAAAUGCGAGCAGCCUCCUCUUCCAAGCUGAUAUCUUUGACCCACCCCACCCCCGACGCCUUCGUCUGGAACUCCCUCAUACGCGCCCACCCCGCCGCCGCCCUCUCCCUGUACCGCCGGAUGCUCCUCCACGGCGUCCGGCCCGACCUCUACACCUUCCCCUUCCUCCUCCUCUCCUUCUCCUCCCCACUCCCCCCUCCCUCCCGCCGCCUCCCCCUCCUCCACGCCCGCGUCCUCCUCUCCGGCUUCGCCUCCCACCCUUUCGUCCACACCUCCCUCGUCUCCGCCUACUCCCACUCCUCCUCCCUCCCCCUCGCCCGCCGCCUCUUCGAUGAAAUCCCCCUCCCCGACCUCCCUUCCUGGAAUUCCAUCAUCUCUGCUUACGUCAGAGCCGGCCUCCUCCGCUCCGCCCUCCAACUAUUCGUGAAAAUGCCCGAGAGAAACGUGGUCACUUGGAGCUGCAUGAUAGAUGGCUUCGUCAAAUGCGGCGACCACAGGGGAGCGCUGCAGCUGUUCCGCAACAUGCAGAGAGAAGCGUGCAUUGAGCCGAAUGAGUUCACUAUCUCGAGUGUGCUUGCUGCUUGUGCGAAAUUGGGUGCGCUUGAGCACGGGAAGUGGGCGCAUGCAUACAUCGACCGGUGUGGCAUGAAGGUGAACAUGGUGUUGGGGACUUCUUUGAUCGAUAUGUACGCCAGGUGCGGGAGCAUCGACAGGGCAAGGCUGGUGUUUGAUAGUUUGGGCCCUGACAAGGAUGUCAAGGCAUGGAGUGCCAUGAUCUCGGGGCUUGCAAUUCAUGGACUUGCAGAGGAAUGCCUUGAUUUGUUUCACAGAAUGAGGGGACUGGCCAUAAUUCCUAAUGCCAUAACGUUCUUAGGAGUUCUCUGUGCUUGUGUCCAUGCAGGAUUGGUUAAUGAGGGUGAGAACUAUUUCGAGCAAAUGGUGAAGGAGUUUGGUAUUGAUCCAAUGAUUCAACACUAUGGUUGCAUUGUGGAUCUUUAUGCAAGAGCAGGGCUUAUAGGCAAGGCAUGGGAUGUAGUGAAUUCGAUGCCCAUGAAACCCGAUGUGCCCAUUUGGGGGGCUCUUUUGAGCGGUUCACGAAUGCAUGGCGAUAUCGAGACAUGUGAGGCUUCGAUCAAGCAACUUAUAGAGUUGGAGCCAAUGAAUAGUGGGGCUUAUGUGCUUCUCUCCAAUGUUUAUGCAAAGAUGGGCAGGUGGGAUGAUGUGAGGAGAGUGCGAAAUCACAUGGAAGAAUUGGGGAUUAAGAAGACACCUGGAUGUAGUCUCGUCGAGGUGGAUGGCCACCUGCAUGAGUUCUUUGUGGCAGACCGAUCACAUCCGGAGACGAGGGAGAUAUAUCUAAUGCUCGAGGAGAUUAUGAAGAGGUUAAGAUUAUCAGGCUAUGUGGGGAAUACUGAAGAAGUGUUGCUGGACUUGGAUGAGGAGGGGAAGGAGUUGGCACUAUCUCUUCACAGUGAGAAGCUGGCCAUUGCAUUCAGCUUUAUUAAAACAAGACCUGGGACGAUUAUACAUAUCACUAAGAAUCUAAGAAUGUGCAUGGACUGCCAUGUGGCCAUCAAGCUUAUAUCCAAAAUCUAUGAUCGAGAGAUAGUUGUGAGGGAUUGCAGCCGGUUUCACUAUUUUCGAGAUGGAUUCUGCUCCUGUAAAGAUUAUUGGUGAUUCAGAACUUGUAACUUUGAAUGAUCAAUGAGGAUUGCUGUUGUAAAAUUUAGAGAAUAUCUACUAACUUCAUUCAACAGUAAAGGGGCAAAUAAACUAUGCUUCAAUGGGUCAUGACAAGCAACCCAAGGACAUUCGGGAACCUAGAAAGAAGCUUAAACUCAUUCUGAUCUUAUAACAGGGAUAAAGUACUGAUGUUUCCUGUUAAAUGUGUAAGUUUCUUGUUUCACAGACAAAAUUAAUCUUUUAAAUGUGCUUGGAGUGCCAAAGAGGAGGUAUUUUUUUGUUAUUGAACAAUAAAUGUACAACUGGUUUCCUUUUAGCAAUGUGCUUCAAUGG